CCGAACUACAAAACUAUGACCAGUUCGAAAUAUAUAUAUUCACACAUCAGCUGGGUUAACUCUCCAGUCUGUGUUCAUUGCUCGAUUCGAUAUUACAUUAAAGUUGAUCUCCAAUUAUUUUUUAGUUAAUUAAUUUUCGGUUCCGCUCAAUAAAAUGGGCAAUUACAACCGUUGCUGGUUGAAAUUGAAAGUGUUGCUGUUAUUGAGUGUUUUUCCACUCAUCACUUCGUAUGACAUUUUAGUGCUUGCACCUGCAGUCAGUAAAUCACACUUUAAUGUAGGAGAGGCUAUUUCAAUUGGUCUAGCCCAGGCCGGUCAUAAUGUGACGUUGAUUUCACCCUAUGAUUACAAACCGAAGUAUCGGAAUAUCGAACCAGUUCAACUUACUGGCGCAAUUGAGAAGGCUGAAGAAAUGCACAAAGGAAUGGCAAGUCAAGGUAUGGACUCAAUUAGGAAAAUGCCGCUCGUUGUAAUGUUACCGUUCAUUCUAAAUUGGUCGACGGACCAUUGCAAUUUUACGUUAAACCAUCCGAACGUUCGGGCAUUGUACGGUCGAAAGUAUGAUCUGGUCAUUGUGGAAAUAUUCGGUACCGAUGUUGUCGUGGGACUAGGUCAACAAUUCGAUGCCCCUGUCAUUGCAUUUUCAACAUUCGGCACGUCUAGAUGGACAAACGAUUUGAUUGGUAAUCCGUCUCCGUUGUCGUAUGUUUCGCAUCCGAUGAGAAACUAUCCGGAUAAGAUGAACGUUUGGGACAGAAUAUCGAACACAUUGAUGUAUGUGUACGAGUCUCUGGUUUUGGAAUUUUUUUCCUAUCGUCAGCGAGCAGUCUACGAUCAUUCAUUUCCCGAUGCUAAGAUAAGCUAUGACGAGGCCAGGAAAACUGUGUCGCUGACUUUCGUCAAUUCUCAUUUCAGCAUAGCCAGACCAUUGCCCUAUGGCCCUAACACAAUUGAAGUCGGUGGAAUGCAUGUGAACCGAAAAAUCAAACCACUGCCUCAAGAUAUACAGAGUUUCCUCGACUCAGCUACAGAUGGAGCCAUCUACUUUUCGCUCGGUUCUUUCCUGCAAAGUUCUCAAUUCCCCGUCGAGAAGCGAGACGCAUUCAUCAACAAUUUCGCCAAAUUGAAACAAAAAAUCGUUUGGAAGUUCGAAGACGACACAUUACCAAUGCCGAAAAAUGUCUACACCGGCAGUUGGUUGCCGCAAAGUGACAUACUCGGCCAUCCCAAUUUGAAGGCAUUUAUUUCUCACGGCGGUCUUCUCGGCUCAACAGAAGCAAUUUAUCACGGCGUACCCAUUGUCGGCAUACCAUUCUUCGGCGAUCAACAUUUGAAUAUCAAACGAGCAUCGCAGGCCGGCUGGGCAAUACCGUUGGACUAUGACAAUAUUACGAUGGAAUCGGUGGAAUGGGCGCUGAAUGAAAUUUUGAACGAGAAACGGUACUUGCAAAACGCGAAAGUCAUCUCGGAACGAUAUCGUGAUCAACCGAUGACUCCCACCGAAACAAUGGUCUAUUGGUCAGAGUAUGUAAUUCGACACAAGGGUGCUCCACAUCUGCGGUCGGCUGGUUUGGAUCUCAACUACAUUCAGUAUCACAAUUUGGACGCAUUUGCGUUAAUUGCCGCUUCAGUCGUCAUUUUCUGUUAUGCUCUUAAAUGGGCUUGUCGUAAGUUAUGCUGUCGCCGGUCGACAGUGGAAAAGAAGAAGGCGAACAAAAAGAAAAAUAAUUAAAGGGAAGAGCUGAAAAUUGUAUGUGGAGUGGACGCCUAUGGAUGACUAUUUAGUUUUUGUAAUAAAAU